UAGCAGCGCACGCACACGAGAGAAUGACAUCGCGUAAAGUUGUGGUCAAUGUCGUGAACUUGGGGCAGAUUCCCUAUGGACGUGCCUUACAGGUCCAACAACAAUACGUUAGGCGACAUCUAGAUUCUUCGUCCCAGGAUCUGAACACCUUGCUGCUGUGCGAGCACCAGCCGGUCUACAGCAUCGGGAUAAGACAGGCACUCUAUUCUGCAGAAGAGGAACAGAGACUAAAGGAUUUAGGUGCCGACUUCUACCGAACCAACCGCGGCGGGCUCAUAACUUUCCACGGCCCCGGUCAAUUGGUCUGUUACCCUAUCGUCAAUCUUGGGUGUUUUAAAAAGAGCGUCCGUUGGUACGUGUGUGAACUAGAAAGGACUGUCAUCAGUUUGUGCCGAAAGUUUGGGAUCAAAGCCUCCACUUCUCCGAAUACUGGAGUGUGGGUAGGAGAAAACAAGAUUUGUGCUAUAGGAAUCAACUGUAGAAUGUACAUCACCUCUCAUGGCUUGGCACUGAACUGCAACACAGAUAUGCGGUGGUUUGACAACAUUGUGCCUUGUGGGAUUGUGGGCAAAGGAGUCACUUCCCUGAGCCAGGAACUGAAACGAGAAGUUACGAUUCAAGAAGCUAUCCCAACUCUACUGGAAUCUUUUGCUGAACAGUUUAACUGUAGUCUGUCAUUUGAAGAUAUGAUUAUUAAGAAUGCAAAGCCAGUUUCAGAUAAGUAGGUACGUUGACCAUAUAUGAGGAAAUAUGUUAAACAGCAAUGCGCAAAUUACGUGACUCAUAACGCAUAAAAAUGGACAUAGGUUAUCAUGAC